UACUAGCCCACCAGUCUCAGAGACGGAAUCAUUGAUGGGCCAGAGCAUCCCCCGCCUCCACCAUGAAACUCCCUGUCACCCUCCCCCUGGUCACGCUGGCUCUCUACUGCAGCUCCGCUUCCGCAGAGGUCUGCCCGACCUUUCUGCGUGUCAUUGAAUCCCUGUUCCUGGACACACCCUCCAGUUUUGAGGCUGCCAUGGGAUUUUUCAGCCCCGAUCAAGACAUGAGUGAGGCAGGGGCUCAGCUGAAGAAGCUGGUGGACACCCUCCCCGCAAAGACCAGAGACAGCAUCAUUAAGCUCAUGGAAAAAAUAGAGAAAAGCUUACUGUGUAAUUAGGAUUUAGAAGCCGAAGAUCCCCAACUGCUCCAGCCCCUGCCGCUGCCGUGCUUUGAGUCCACGCCCACCGGCCUUGCUCCCUUCAAUAAACCACAAGCAUCUCA